CUCCUCCCCCCUGCCGCUGGUAACCAGCCCUGUUUUCAUUACUCCCCACCGGCAGGAAAGGGGUUGGGUUAAGUCGCCACCAAGAGUCCAAGCGCUCCAAGCGGAGUCCCUAUUUCCCUUCCGGAGAGGUGAGCGGAAAGGGUGGCUGCUGUCGACCCGGAGUUCAGGACGCGAAAGUUCAGGACGGUGGGGGGAUUGCUGCACCAUGGCUGGAUACCUCGGCCUGUGGAUACUCUCGAGUUAUGUAAUCUUUGGAAAUGGACUUCAUUUGGAGAUUCUUGGUGGAAGGCAUGAGCAAGUAUUCCAUCAGAAGAGCCUAAUCAGGCAAAAGCGAGAAUGGAUUGUCCCACCUUCCACGAUCUGGGAAGAACGUGACAAUUCCCAGAAGAACCCAAUUGCUAAGAUUCGGUCUGACAAAGAUGUUGAAUCAGGAGUAAUUAUUACUUACACCAUUUCUGGCCAAGGAGUCACAGAACCACCAUAUCAUUUGUUCGUGAUUAAUGGGAAAACUGGAGAAUUGAACGUAACUGGAAUAGUCGAUCGGGAACAAACACCAGUGUUCCAUCUGAGAGGCUAUGCCCUGAAUCAAAGAGGUGAAAAUCUGGAAAGGCCACUAGAUCUGCGGAUUAAAGUUCUGGAUGUUAAUGACAAUAGCCCAGUGUUUUCACAAACAAGUUUCAGUGGUUCUGUUGAAGAAUUAUGUGAAGUGGGUACUCUUGUGCUGAAGAUAACUGCAACUGACGCAGAUGAGCCCAAUUCACUCAACUCCCAAAUUGCUUUUAAGAUUGUUUCCCAAGAACCUAAUGAUCCUAAUGCAUUUGUCAUUAACAAAGCAACAGGUGAAGUUCGGACAGCAACAUUCCAGCUUGACAGAGAGCUACAUAAUAGUUAUUCCUUGGUUGUGGAAGCAAAAGACCGUGAUGGAAACGAACAAGGGAAUGGUCAAGUGACUACUCUACAGAUCAAGAUUCUGGAUGUUAAUGACAACAUCCCUAAACUUAACAAGACUGUGUAUGAAGGCAGCGUAAAGGAAAAUAUAGCUAAUGUGGAAAUCAUGCGCCUGGACGUCUUUGACAGCGAUGAACAAUUUACUGAUAACUGGCUGGCAAACUUUAUGAUUGUGUCCGGCAAUGAAGGAGGCCACUUCCGUAUAGAAACAGAUUCACAAACCAAUCAAGGAAUUCUUACUCUGAUUAAGGAAGUAAAUUACGAAGAAUUGCGGACAAUGGACCUGAAGAUAGUAGUUUCUAACAAAGCAGCAUAUCACAAAUCAAUUAUUAAUCAAGUUUCCCAAGUAAAACCAAUUUCUGUCAAAAUUAAUGUGGAAAAUGUGAGGGAAGGCCCUGUAUUUAAGCCCCACACAUUAGUGAUUACGACAAGUAAAACAAUGAAAAUAAACCAGAUUAUUGGAAGCUUUCAAGCUUAUGAUGAAGACACUCAAAAAAUAGCAGAACGCAUCACGUAUGCCAAAGGAAGUGAUGUUGCAAAUUGGCUGAUAAUAAAUGCUAAAACAGCUGAAAUCAGACUACGUAAAGUCCUAGACUAUGAAUCACCCUAUGUCAUCAAUGGUACUUACACUGCAACAAUUUUGGCCAUAAGUACUGACUACCCUCCAAAAACAGCUACGGGUACCAUUGUUAUUCAGAUUGAAGACAAGAAUGAUUACUGCCCAGUUCUUGUGACUCAAAAAACAACUGUCUGUACCGAUACAAAGUAUAUUAAUAUCACUGUUGAGGAUCGAGAUAGACAUCCAAAUGGUGGUCCUUUCACUUUCAUGAUCAUUGAUGAACCUGAAAGAAUGUCAGACAAAUGGAGAAUUGGCCAGAUAGAUGGGCCCAGAGCUCAGCUUAUACUCCAGGAUGUGACACCUGGCAAAUACAAAAUUCCUCUUGUAAUAAAAGAUAACCAAGGUUUCAGCUGUCCUGACCAACAAGUACUGGAGGUGGAUGUUUGUGAUUGCAAGGGUGGUUUUGGUUGCCAGGAUAGAAUUGUCGGCUCCUCCGUUUUUCUGGGACCUGCUGCAGUUGCGCUGAUGAUCUUGGCAUUUUUGCUGCUACUCCUCGUGCCUCUCUUACUGCUGGCCUGUGGCUUUGGGUCAGGCUUUGGAUCAGGCGGUGGAAAAGGAUUUGUAGCUAUACCUGACAACAGUGAAGAAAUGUUGCGCAACUGGAACAGUGAAGGAGCAGCACCUGAAGAUAAGGCAAUGCUGAACCUCCUUACUUCCGCUGGAUCAGAAAAACAUGUGAGCAGUGGAGCAGCAGUCAUAGGAGCAGCAGCAGGAGCAGCAGUAGGGAACGGCUUCUCCUCUACAAUCAAGGAGCAGAACAUGAGCAGCAACACAAUCACGAGAUGGCAGAGAGAAGACCGAGAAGCUCUUCUUUCUGGGGCAGAAUUUGCAGGUGCCUCAGCCGCAGGGGCAGGCUUGACAGCAGGUGGGACAAUGCGGCUAGGAGCUGGCAGAUCUUUAGCCAUGGAUACUGGCAUGAUCAUGAAUGAAGAAUUCUUACGGGGUUACUUCAAUGAGAAAGCUGAUGCUUUUGCUGAUGAGGAUGAAGUGCAUCUUGCCAAAGAUUGCCUACUCAUUUACUCCCAGGAGGAAGAGCACGAUUCCCCUCAUGGUUCAGUUGGCUGCUGUAGCUUUAUUGACGGUGACUUUGAUGAACAUUUCUUGGAUGACUUGGGAGACAAAUUUAAGACUCUGGCUGAGAUCUGCAUGGGCAACCACACAGGCCUAAAAGCAGAGCAGUUCAGCUCUCAUACCCAGAAAGAUACAACUGCUCCUGCAAUGAAUGUAUCCAGUUUGCAGUCCUCCCAACAGCAGAACGCAGUGAAUGCCGAACAUACUUAUUCGUCAGGGGCUGUCUACAACCUGUCUGAACCUGUGAAAGGCUUUGGUUCAGAAACGAUGACUGAGAAAACAAUAACUGAGUCAACUGUUACAACUAAGUCUAACCUGCAGCCAGUGAAGCGAAUCCCAGACCCCUUGAUUAGCAGCAGCACCAGCAAUGUUGUAGUGACAGAAACAUCAUAUGGGACAUUACCAUCAACAGUCAUCCGUGACCCUCAGUUUAAGGAGAAUGUGGUAGUGACAGAAAGGGUCCUUGCACCUGCUUCUAACUUGCAGGACAUGUUAGAAAUGCCAGCUGGUGUCUUCCCAGACCUCCCAGAUUCAAAAUAUGUUGUUGUGAGGGAAAGGGAGCGAGUCCUAGUGCCUAGUUCUGACUUAAAGGCUUCUGUAAGCAUCCCCAACCUGUCAGAAGGACAGAAUAUAGUAAUAACAGAGAGAGUAGUGACACCAACUCCUGUUAGGCGAGCCACAAUUGAAGCAGACAUUUUUCCUAACAAUGAGAGGCAGGAACAGAUUUUAAUUUCUGACUCAUUCUUUAACCAAAGUAGCCCCCAGGACAUGCUUCCUACAGGUUCAACCUUAAGCAAGUCCUCAACGGUCAAAAAAAAAUAUAGCUCUGUCCAAUAUACACGCUCAUAGGUGGAUUUCCAUCUCUCACUUCACUGAUAGGAUUGAUUGAUUGAUUGCCUUCUCAAGAGCUUGAAUGUGUUGUUUCACUUUCCUAACAAUGCUUUUUAACAAUCCACAAGGAUGCAACCUUAAAACCAUAUACUAGGUGCAAUUCCUCACUGUGUAAUGCAAGAUUUAUUUUUGAGAAGUUACUCAUAAGAUAGCUCUAUUAAAGAGUUCCUGCAAGAAACUCCCAAGCUUAUGCAGCUAGAAAAGAAUAUUGUUUAUCGAAAGAACAAUAUAAAUUUCUGUAUAACUCCAAAAUCAAUAUAUUUUUAGUCUGGUUGAUAGUCCAAUUGAAGUUAGUUCAGUAUUCAUUAUGCAGCAAAUUCUACUGGCCUGCACCAUGAACCUAAUUUGAAUAUAUAAAUUGACUUCAGAAAUGUACUUUUAAAGAUUGCUGUAUUCACAAUCAGUUCCCACUGAGUUUAGUGGGGUUUAUUCUUCAGUUAGUACAGUCAGGAUGCAGCCUUAAAACUACCAUUUUAACUGGUGUGUUAUUCAUUGUAUACAUAGGGAGCAUUCCUAUUUUUUAAAAGAAUGGAUCUCAUUUCAUUUUUUUUUUAAAUAUAAGCUCUAUAGAUUUUUAUAAAUACUUUACCAAUAGAAACUGAGUGAAACAGGGUUUUAUUUCUUAUAUUUAUAUAUCUUUUUCAAGAUGAAUUAGUUUAUCUGUGUGGUUGGUUCAGAUAUUGUAUUUUAACAAGGUAAUACAUUUCUGAAGGCAGAAUUCCAUCCAGUGUGUGUUUUUCCCCAGAUGCCAGAUAUCACACAAUCAUAACAUCAAAAAAAUUAACAUUUGUCAAUCUCAAGAUUUCUGCCAUUUAAAUAAAUAAAUAAAUGUUUACUUUUUUUUUUUUUAAAAAAAGGUUCUGCACUCUAGGUUGCCUUUUCUGCCUAAUAGUCUGUUGGGAUUCCACACCCCAUUGGACAGGCCCAGUCUGUUUUGUAAAAGGGGGAUUCCCUAAAGAUGAAUCCCAAGGGUUUUCUUCAAGUCUGCUGAUCCCUCCCUCUUGGGAAGUAUGGUUUUAUUAGAUAAGAGUCAGCCUGUGGAAUGCGCUUGUAAGAUAUGGAAAUCACUUUUUUCUUUCCUUGCAUGUGAAAUGGGUUCUUGUGUUGAGCAAUAGGAGAUAAUUGUGUUUCCCCUAAAAUAACACCCGGUCUUAUAUUAAUUUUUACUUCCAGUUGGGUCUUAUUUUCAGGGAAACCCGGUACUAAAUGCGUCCAUCUGGCUGAUGAUCUUAACUGGGGCUUAUUUUGGGGGUAGGGCUUAUAUUACAAGCAUCCUGAAAAUCAUGAAAAAUAAUGGCUUCCCUUAUUUUCAGGAAAACAUGGUAAGCCACUGGAGACUGGUUCAAUUUAAAAAAAUGUAUCCAAUGUAGAAUGGUCUUAUUGGUCUUAAGAGAAGAAGAGAAUUCAACCUAGAGGUCUCUUUGAUACUUCUGUACCAUGGAUAUAUUUUUUUGUUUCAUACACUUUGUAAAAGCUUAAUCUAAAUAAUGACCAUAACAUACAGUAUUUGAGUUGGCUAUUCUUGUACAUACGUCUGUUGAAUAAUAUGAGAAGAAAGUAUAAAUACAUAUGUUUACGUUUUGGGAAUGAAUAAGGCAUACAUGUAAAGGGAAUUAGAUGUCUGCUUAUUUUACAUUUUCUCUUUCCUUUUUAAAUCCAUAGUUUUGUCUAUGGCUGUUGUAUAUGAUCCUGUGUUAUAGGGAAUUUAAGCCACUUCAGUAGUCCACAAUGGACUUACAAUUAUUGCCAUAUUUUUCUCAUCUGGUAUGGGAAUGCAACUUGCUUGAUUUCAAAAUGUAGUAAUGAUUUCAGGGUUCUUAGCUUUCGUUUUAUAUAACAACUUUGCUGUUUAAAUACUAGUUUUGUAAUCAAGGAAUGGGCUGGAUAUGCUGGCAUUUUUUAAUGGAAUUUGAAAUAAAACCAAAAAAAACUA